GCCGGAAGUGCGCAGGCAGUGCUCGCGGCGGCGGCGACGGCGGCGGGAGGUUCGGUUGUCGCCCGUUGGCCGCGCGGCGCCGCGAUCGGCGGCCGCCAUUGCAGCUUCUUUUCCGUUGCUUUUUAAAGACGUAAAGCUCAUGGUGCAGAUUGUUAUUUCCAGUGCUGGGGCUGGAGGCCUGGCAGAAUGGGUGCUGAUGGAACUACAGGGGGAGAUCGAGGCUCGCCACAGCACUGGAUUAGCUGGAAACCUCCUGGGAGACCUACAUUACACCACUGAGGGAAUCCCUGUGCUGAUCGUGGGGCAUCAUAUCCUGUAUGGGAAAAUCAUCCACCUGGAGAAACCUUUUGCCGUCCUUGUGAAAUACACUCCCGGGGAGCAGGAUUGUGAUGAACUCGGCUGUGAGAGUAGCACCCGGUACCUGGUGACAGCACUCAUCAAAAACAAGAUCCUUUUCAAAACUCGCCCCAAGCCCAUCAUCACCAACGUCCCCAAGAAAGUAUGAAAGAACCUCGGAUUUUCCCUCGAGAGCGGCCAACUCCUUGGACUCGUGCCCCCCUGCCACCUCGAGGACGGCUGGACGGUUCCCUGGGACCCCAGGGGGGUCCUGUUCUAAACACAGGCCACCCACUGGGUUUGAACUCGGAUCCCUUCCUUAUGGCAAGCAGUUCUCUUGGUGGAAAUUUGGCCCCAUUUCCAAGGAACCCCUCUCCUUUUCCCACUUCAUCAGGCUCACUGGCUUCAAAUCCAGCACCUUUCCCUGCUGGUGCUCGUGACCCGGGCCUGGCUUCGUUCCCAAGAGGGAUGAACCCCACUAGCACAGGUGCAGUUUCUUUCCCAAGGCCGGGUGGUCUCUUGGGCCCAAACCCAGGGUCAACUCUGAAUCCUAGGGCAGGGGCUCUUCCAGGCCCAGGGCCUCUGUCUAACCCAAGGCUAGGGGGUCUCCCAGGGCCAGGUCCGGUGUCCAACCCAAGGCCAAGUGGUCUUCUGGGAACAGGUCCUGACCCCAGAAGUGGUGGCCCCAUGGGCCCUGGAUCUGGACCCAGCCUGAGAGCAGGUGUCCUGUUGACUCCUGGAAAUGGUCCCCCCAAUCCUAGACCUGUUGGCCUGGGCCCUGGACCGAGUCCCAAUCUGAGGUCAGGCUUUGUAGGUACAAACCCUGCCCCGAGGUCAAGUAUGUUUCCAGGUCCUGGCCUUGGGCCCAACCCAAGAUCAAGUGGCCUGGGCCCAGGCCUUGGGCCUAAUCCAAGGGCAGGUGGCCUGGGCCCAGGCCCUAAUCUGGAUGCCAGAGCAGGUGGCCUCUUGGGCACAGGAUCUGGUCUUAACUUAAGAAUGGCUGGGCCUCAAGGCCUAGAUCUUGCUCCCAUUCUGAGAGCAGCAGGUCUUUUAGGAGCAAAUUCAGCUUCUUUCUCACAGGUUUCUGGAAACAUGGGCACAAGCCCAUCUUCCAUGGCCAGACUUCCUGGCCCCAUAGGCCCAAAUUCAGGGCCUGGCUCUCGGGGAAUUGGCCUUCCAGGGCCAAAUCCAUCUCCCCUGUCAAGGGCUCCUGGCCCUGUUGGCCCCAAUUCAGCUCAUUUUGCAAGGCCUGCUGGUCCUAUGGGAGUAAAUGCUAAUCCCUUUCCAAGGGGGACAGGUGCAGGGGGGUUGAACCCAGCUGCCUUCUCUCAGUCUUCUAACACAUUGGCUUCAAACCCAGUUAACUUCCAGAGGUCUGCUGGCCUCCAGGGUUCAAGUCCAGCAGUUUUCCCAAGAGCCUCUGGGCCACUAGGCCCCAACCCAGCUAACUUCCCAAGGGCCACUGGCUUACAGGGUCCAAGUCCAGCUACCUUCCCCAGGUCUAUUGGCCCGUUAGGCCCUGGUCAGGUUACCUUCCCCAGGCCAGCUCCAGGGCCCCUAGGCUCUUCGCCAGCAGGCCCUGUGGGUAUCAACCCAGCUCCUUUUGCAAGGCCAACUGGGGCCCUGGGUGUAAACCCAGCUUCCUUUCCAAGAAUGAAUGGCCCUGUGAGCAAGACUUUGGUUCCAUUUCCUAGAGUAGGGAGCCUCCCUGGCACAAACCCAGCUGCUUUCCCCAGACCAGGGGGGCCGAUGGCCGCAAUGUACCCAAAUGGAAUGUUACCCCCUUAAACACCAUUUUCUCUCCAGGACCACCUUGGUUUCCAGGCACUGUGGGUUCUGGACAGGUGAAGUAGUAGAUAUGGAACUACAAUCUGAAGUACAUACCUGGGGCUCAGGUUCAGAUGAGCCUUUUUCCCCACUCUGCGUCUUUCUUGACUGAAGGAACUUUGUAACUGUGGGAUGUGGACUUUGGCAGGUGGGAAUGAUCCCACCUUGAGAGAAGGAAUCUCCAGCCUUCAGGAGCCUGCUGUGCUUUUGUCCCACAGCUUUCUGCCCCUUGUUUCUUAACUAGUUUCUUGAAUUGUUCUUGUGGACCUUUCCUCAGGGAUACAUUGGCCUGCAGGUCCCAGUUCAUACAUAGUCCCCUGCUCACCACUGGAGAAUGAGCUCACUGCUCUCUAGAAAUGUUGUGUUGGUGAAAGGACCAUGCUUCUGCAGCACUGACCUGGUCAUCCUCUACUGCCAUACCUUCUUCCCCUGCGGACUUGAACACGGAACAGGGAAGUGCAGCCACUUCAGAGAGCCACCAAAUACAGCAUCCGCUUGACUGACUGGGUCUGCAGCUUCCUUCUCCUGGGACUUAGAGGAAGCCAGAACCAAGGCUCCACUGCUCAUCCAACUCCCUCUCCACUGGUACUCCCAAUCAAAGAACCUCAAGAUUAAACUGAUGUGGAUGGGAUUAUGGGAAUUGGGGUGGGGGUGGGGGAUAAAGGGGAGAAAUCACUGUGCUUUGUUCAGCCUGAUGUGAAAGGAUGGUUGGUGUUUUUCCCGCAUUGUAUCUUUUCUUACUGUUUCUUUAAUAAAUGAGACGAGAGGGCUGUUGAUUUCA